CGCUUCUGCACUCAACCGACUGCUAACAUGGGCUCGCCCAGCAAGUCGAAGUCCAUGACACUCGUUACCGAGUCUGACCUUCGCAGCCUCAUGGAAACCUGCUCUAAAAAUGUCUUCUCUUCUAAUACUACCGAUCCUGCAAUGGUUUCCACGUUUGAUGAAAUUCAGCGGAUAUGCGUGGAGCUGUUUGAUAAAGACUAUACAGUCAAGAUCAUUGACAACAAAAGCGGUUCAUUGAGUGCCACUUAUCCUAGUAAAAUAGUAUUCCUGGCGCCUCCGGCUGAUGACGGGGAGAGUACCGACAGACGUGCCAAAGAACUACGGCAACACAUGGAGAAAGCUCGAGUUGCCAGGGCACGGACGCGUUUCGUCGUUCCGGUUAUCCUUUAUGACGGCAAGCAUAUAUGCAGGUCAGCCACGCUUUCUGGAGGAAUGGAGAUCUUCGGUCGAACUGUGACAGAGUUCGUCUACGGGGCUUCAGCCAGCCUGGGCACACAAUUAUUGGAUUCCGUGCGAAAGAUUGCGUUUCCUUCAGACAGCGGUGGAAGCACGGCAACGUCAAGCCAAGAGGCUUCACAAGAGUCAUCAGUCUCCCCAGACAAGUCCGAAAGUUCCGAUGCUACCGCCAGUUCCGGUCACCAGCAAGAUGAGAGUCAACCAUCUGUUAUCACCCAGCAGUCAUCAGAAGAAGAUGCAUCGCUGCAUGGUGAACUGCGAAAGGUUGACAUCGAGCUGCUGAAAGCGCUGUCCGUUCACAACAUCUGCGACUUGAUGGUUGAAGGCAAAAAGGAAAAAUGCUAUGUGAAGGUGACUUCCUCCGAGAAGGUUGACAAGUACAACCGGUACCGCGACUUCACAAUUUUCAAGCUCCCUUACCCAGGUUGCGAGUUCUUCGAGCCAUACGCAAGGUACGGUUUCAAAGCAAGAAACCUGCGCUUCGACUGGUCACAGAACUUUGUGGACGUCGAGCUGCAAGUUCCUGAAAUCGGUUGUUCUUCGGAGCUCGGCAUUAACUGGGCGAAGUACAAGGACUGGGACCUGCAAACACUGACCACAAACUACCUGAGGUUAUUACUGGCGGCAGUCGUAAACGGUCAAUCCGGUCUACUGGUCCACUGCAUAUCUGGCUGGGACCGCACACCACUGUUCAUAUCACUGCUCCGUCUGUCCAUGUGGGCCGACAACGAGAUCCACCAGAACCUAUCUCCGUUGGAGAUGGCCUACCUCACAGUCGCUUAUGACUGGUUUCUCUUCAGUCACAAUUUACCUAAUCGGAUACAGAAGAAUGAACAGAUAUUCUACUUCUGCUUCGAUAUCCUCAAGCAAAUAGGCAACCAGGCGUUCUCAGUGGCUACACUCAAGAAGCCAAAAGUGGACAUACAAAGCCCCAAAGUACCAACUCGAGGGGUGGAUACUGUCGAAACCAGUGCAAGCAGCUGUGCAGGAGUCCCUAUUCCUGUAAUUACCUCAUGCCCUCCUGAAGCGGAAGCCACGCAAAUGGACACCAGUGGCAGCAGCGCCUCAAGUAGUUUUAUUCAGCUCGGUUUCUCCGAAGACGAGGUUCCAUGUACAACGCAAUUUGCCAGGAAGCAGCCCGUCAUCGGAGCGUCCUCUUCCCCCGUCGGUGCGGACAGUUCAUCCGAUCUGGAAAUGUCGAAUGGCACACAUCUGACAGUAGAAAGUACGGCCCCUACGCAGGCCUCGCUAUCUCCAGCAAACGGAUCUCCAAGCAAUCACUCAGAGCGCUCCUGGGCCAUGAUCGAGUGUGUCGAAUCCACAGAUUCUGCUUCAUCUCCAGAAAGCGCAGCUCGCCAGCGUUCUUUAUCUAGGCAAAGCUGCUCAAGCAUUGAAGCCACCGACAGUGGCCAGGACCAGAAGAAACGGAGCAUCGAGUUCGUGCUACAACGUCGUACCGAGCGGCUGCAAGAGAUCCGCCGUCUCGUGAGAAAAUUCUAUCUUAAAACAUGAGGCAAACUCCGCCUACCACAUCUGCUUCCGAGCCCACCAUGCCCGUCAUCACCAGAACAGUUUGUGCUGUUUUCAGCACUUGGACACGCCCGGUCAUAGCUGCAGUCCGACACGUGUACAUGGAGUGAACUACCGAAGUUUUCGGCAAGAUUGUUUGCAGUUCUUACUUUCACCGCUCUAAGGCUCGUGACCGUCUAAUAUUGUGCGUUAAGUCCUGGUGGCAUUUGAAGAAGGCAGCGUGACAGCUGCGACAGAUUAAUUCGUUCACGAUGUAUACGUAUUUUUUCUGCUAGAUUUGCCAUUUCCUGGCUUCGUUGUACCUUUUGUGUGUUAUCCACUUUGCUUCAAUAAAUGCAUGCAAACUUUU